AUGACUGAUCAUACAUCUCGACCAAAAUAUUCUCAGACGUUUGGACGACUUGAUAAAGACGGCCUAAGCGAAGAAGACGUGAGUAAACAUGCAGGAGAUAGAAUUUGGGUGAUUAAUAUUCCCAAAGGGCAAAAUCAAAAAGACUCCAAACCAGGAAAGAGACAGAGCUUGUAUGGAUUAUCCUUUAUUCACCAUAAGACAGACAGAGAGACAGAAAUUGGGGCCAGGCCCGGAAUUUGUUCAAAGAAAGACGACCCUAAUCUGGCACUGCUGAGGCCUCAUGUUGCACCUGCGCGGGAGCUCGGUUGCCUUUUGGUACACCUGGGAUUGGCCCAUCUGUUGGCCCUCUUGCUGUUGAAGCUGCCUGACGGCGUGCCUAAUGGCCUCACACCUGCACUGCUCGUUCACGUUGUGGAGCUGCUGGCAGCACUCUCUCAGAGACUCCUGCCCCUGUUGUCCCGGGUUCAUCUCGAUCAUGGCCUCAUCAUCAGAGUUGUACUUGCUCCUUUGGGAGAGGUACCUCUGGCACGACCGGAAUUGGCGGCCCUGAAUCUGGCGCUGACACUGCUCCUGCUGGCCGGGGUUUUCAGCCUCGUCGGCAAAGGUUGUGGUGGUGACGGUGGUGGUGUAUGUGGUGGCGGCUGA